AUGACACUCAUUCACGAAAAGCCAGACACCGAACACGCCUCCCUCCAACCCUCUGACGCACAGCCUUCGGAUCCUGGUGAAUCGAACACCAGCACCUACAGCCUCCUCGGCGCAACAGGUCAAGUCGGCGGCUCCGUCCUACAAUCCCUCCUCUCCCAGCAGCCCAUACCCAAAAUCAACGUUCUCGUCCGUUCCCGAAGCAAGUUGCAAGCCCAACUCAAGACCGCGCCCUACUCCAGGCUCGACACAUCCACCAUCACAAUCUUCGAAACCUCAUCUGGUGUCUCCGACAUCGACACUCUGUCAAAGUGCAUCCAGCGUACCGAAGCCGUCUUCCUCUGCGCCGCCGCAAGCACCAACAAGCCCGGCACGACCGUUGCGCAGGACCAGGCAAAGGCUGUUGUUGCUGCGUUGCGCUCGAUCCGAGAACAGGGGAGUCGGUCGAGCCCGACAAAGCUGCCGCGCUUGGUCGUGCUCAGCUCCGCCGAAGCCGAAGAAACUCCCUACUUCAGCGCCUCAAUCCCCUGGCCUAUCCGACCUAUACUGUUCGCGUCAAACUACCACAUCUACGUCGACCUGAUCGCCGCGGAGGUUUACCUCCACCAGGAACGCAAGUUUGAUGGAGAUGACUGGUUCGAGUUUACUAUGGUGAAGCCCGGCGGCCUAUCCCACGAUAUCUCACGUGGCGACGCCUUAAGUUUCGAUACGCAGCAGACGUUUCUUAGCUAUGUGGAUUUGGCGAAUGCAAUGGUGGAGGUGGCGAGUGGGGAUGAUGCUGAGUUUGGGAAGUAUAACGGAAGGGCGGUUAGUGUGGUGAGUCCGGGCGGGAAGGCGAAGGUUGAGUUGGGGAGUGGGCCGUUGUUGUUCAAGGGAUUGCUGGUUUAUGUGGUGCCGUGGCUGCAUGACUGGCUUUUCUGA